GGCAAAACGUCUGUAUGGCUAGCGAAAUAUGAGCGAAAUGCGUUAAUGAGGUUAUAAAUAAUAUGUACCUAUUACCUAUUAAUAAAUGAUUUUAAGGUUUUUUUUCUGUUAAUUUAAACUGUUCCAUUUCCUUUAGAUAUGCAUAAUGUUCAAAAGAAUAGCACUAGGUAUAUCUGGCGGAGUAGAUAGUGCUGUUGCUGCACUACUGCUCAAAAGAGCAGGAUAUCAUGUCGAGGGAGUAUUUAUGAGAAACUGGGACAGCAAUUAUGAAAGUGGAUUUUGUUCGGAUGAGAAAGAUUUUGAGGAUGCGACAUUUGUUUGCCGUAAGCUGGAUAUCCCUAUGCAUAGAGUUUAUUUUAUAAAAGAAUAUUGGAAUGAGGUAUUCACAGUGUUGUUGAAGGAAUAUGAGAGUGGUCUAACUCCAAAUCCGGACAUACUUUGCAAUAGAUACAUUAAGUUUGAUAGUUUUUUCGAACAUUGCAGGAACAAUUUAGGACUUGACGCUAUUGCUACUGGCCACUAUGCUAACACAUCCUUUGGUCCAUUUUUAGAACAAUAUUCAGAAAAUGAAGGAGUUCGAUUAUUGCAACCUAAGGAUAAAUUCAAAGACCAAACAUUUUUCCUUUCGCAAGUAAAACAAUUUUCUUUGAGGAGAUGUAUGUUCCCUCUUGCUAAUCUACUAAAAAGCCAAGUAAGGGAAAUAGCCAAGAGUGAAGGGCUUCUAAAUGUAGCUACCAAAAAGGACAGCACUGGCAUAUGUUUUAUAGGGAAGAAAAGAUUUCAGGAUUUUAUUGAAGAGUACAUAGAAACAAAAAGAGGCAAUUUUAUAGACAUUGACACAGGACAAAUAGUAGGGGAGCACAGUGGUCUUCACAAGUGGACAGUGGGUCAAAGGUGUUGCCUGGCUGAUUGGAAGGAUGCUUACUUUAUUUUCAAGAAAGAUCUAGAUACCAACAAUAUUUAUGUGGUGGCUGGAACGAACCAUCCUGCAAUAAGGAAUGAUAUAUGUUUCACUAGAAAACCACACUGGAUUUAUAAUGAACCACAGGAAUUGUCAAGAGGAGACAUGCUUUAUUGCUCAUUUAGAUUCCAACAUACUAAACCUUUAGUUCCUUGUAGAAUAGUUAAUAAUUCUGAAGGUUUAACCAUUUAUUUGGAUAGAAAGUUGAGAGCUAUUACCGAAGGUCAAUAUGGUGUGUUGUAUAAAGAUGGUGAAUGUCUUGGCAGUGCAAAAAUUGCAGAUGUAUGUCGAGAUUUGAUAUAUUGAUGUUAAAAUGCUUGUUAUGAGAAUAUAGUAUAGGUAUUUAUUA